CUCUCUCAGUGCCUGAGCGCACCUGCGCACUGAAGUCUCCUCAUUCCGUCUCCAGCUGACUGAGAGAGCUGUUCAGCUUCAGAACCAUGAACCAGACCGCCGGAGUCUCGAACCAGUGCCGCAGACGCCCCUCAACCGACAUCAAGGAUCUGGGAGAUGGAGGUUUAGAGAGGAACUGGAAAGGGAUAGGCAUCUCUCUGCUGGUGAUUCUGGUGGUGCUGUCUCUGAUCAGCCUCUCCAUCUUCUUUCUUUCUAAAGAUGAUGGAACUAAAGCUCUGAAAUCUCAUCUGACCUUGGACGACCUUUUCCUCAGAGACUUUCAGGUUCAAGCCCCCGAGGUGCAGUGGAUCAGUGCGGUGGAGAUCAUCUAUCGGAGCAGAGAUGGGAACGUAAUGAAAACAAAUAUCCAGAACAAUCAGACUGAGGUUCUGAUGAAAAACACUACAUUUGUAACAUUUAAAGCUUCCAAAGUUGCAGUCUCACCAGAUCUCAACUAUGUUCUCCUAACAUACGAUAUCAAAAAGGUGUAUCGAUACUCCUUUUUGGCAUCUUACCUAAUCUACAAUUUGCAUACAAGAGAAGUACAUGAGUUGAACCCACCUGAGGUGUCGGAUUCGGUGCUGCAGUUUGCCUCAUGGGGAGUUCAGGGGCAACAGCUGAUUUAUAUCUUUGAAAAUAACAUCUACUACAAGCCAGAUGUAAAAAGCAGCUCUCUCAGAUUGACAUCAUCAGGACAAGAGGGAUUAGUGUUCAAUGGGAUUCCUGACUGGUUGUACGAGGAGGAGGUGCUGCACUCACCGGUAGCUCAUUGGUGGUCUUCAUCUGGAUCCAGCCUUGCAUUCCUCACCAUCAACGACACUCUCGUACCAAACAUGCUGCUGCCACGCUUUACUGGCGCUCUCUACCCACAAGGAACACACUACCCCUACCCAAAGACUGGCCAAAUAAACCCUACAGUGAAGCUGAAUGUGGUCACUCUGAAUGGCUCAUCUCCCACCAUCGAGCUUCUGCCUCCUAGUAGCCUGGAAAAAAGCGAGUACUACAUAAGCAUGGUGCGGUGGGUGACCGAGGAACGUGUGGCUGUGCGCUGGCUCAACAGAGCUCAGAACACAUCCAUCCUCACGCUCUGUUACACACACACCGGAGAGUGUGAACGGAAGCAUGUGAUGACAUCAGACAAGUGGAUUGACUGCCAGAAUGAGGAGCCUGUGUUCUCUAAAGAUGGAGCAAAGUUCUUUAUUACUUUACCCAUAAAGCAUGGCAGCCAGGGGUCUUUCCGCCACCUCACCAUGAUGUCAGAACAGAGUACUGAUGGAGAGGUCAAUGUACGACACCUGACAUCUGGCAACUGGGAAGUCACUAAGAUGCUAGCCUAUGAUGAGAGCCUGAACGCUGUGUAUUAUAUCAGCACAGAGGAUGGAGUCUCACAAAGACAUCUAUAUAGGGUGAGGACAGUGGAUCUGUUUCAUCGCGAGUGUUUGACAUGUUCCCUGUUCAAACCUCACUGCUCAUAUUAUGAUGCUAUGCUGAGUCCGGAUAUAAAAUCAGUACUGCUGCACUGUGCAGGGCCUGGUAUUCCCCAAACUACUGUGCACCAGCUUGCCAAUAUAAGCAGUUAUAUGACUAUAGAAUCUGGUCUGGAGUUCAGAGUCUUGCUCAGACAGAAACACAUCCCCCGCAGAGAAAUCAGAAUCAUACCCUCCAAUAACCAUGCACUGCGACUGGAGCUCAGCUAUCCUGUGGAUUUUGAUGAGCGUAAUCAGCAUCCUCUGCUCUUCAUACUUGACAGUGCCCCUGGUGGUCAGCAGGUGAGUGAACAAUUCCAUCUGGACUGGGACUCUGUUCUGGUGAGCUCAGACAAUGUGAUUGUGGCUCGUCUGGAUGGCAGAGGCAGCGGCUUCCAGGGACAAAAGAUUCUACAGGAAGUGCACAAGCGUCUGGGAGUGGUGGAGCUCCAGGAUCAACUUGCUGCUCUAGAGUAUCUGGUGAAACAAUCGUACAUUGAUGGGAGCAGGGUUGGUGUUUUUGGCAAGGCAUAUGGCGGCUUCCUAAGCUCCCUUCUCCUCCUGUCUCCCAUCUCUCCAUUCCGCUGUGGUGUUGCCAUGGCACCCGUCUCUGACUGGAGACUCUAUGCUUCAGCAUUUACAGAGCGAUAUUUUGGGUUCCCAGCCAAGGAUGAACAUAAAUAUCAGAUCUCUAGCCUGCUUUCUAACAUCAGCACCACUGAGAAGCAGACAUUUCUGAUCCUACACGGGACAGCUGAUGCCUCUGUUCACUUUCAACACACAGCUGAGCUGGUGAAGCUGUUAUCUAUGCAUAACGUGAACUAUACAUUACAGAUUUUUCCCGACGAUGGCCAUGACAUCAGCAGCAAACACUACAUGCUGAGUUCCGUCAUCACCUUCUUCAGAGAGUGCUUCCAUGAAAACACUGCUGUCACCAUGGAAACUGGGGAGGAGGACUAGCAUCUGUGGCUUAAGUGAUCUCAGUUGGACUCGGUGGGAUUUAAGGACAAGAUGGCUACCAUAACAAGCAUCCUUGACAUGGGUGACUUUAUUCUAAUCCCACUGGUCCCUCUCCUACCUGCCAGAGGCACAGAAGGCUUUCUUAUCUGGUGUAGCAGUGGAGCAGCCACACUGAGUCACACACUGACCAGAUUUGCAAUGACUGUCUGAGAUUUUGGAAGAUCCGUCAUGCUGUUACUACACUGGUAUGAAUGACUAAGUUUACAAUACCUAUAGAUACUAUGAAGCUUACAAAUCAACCAAAUACUCUUUUCAUGAGGCUCUACUUUCUCUUCAUUUCAUGAAAGGUAAACAUACUACAAUAAAGCAAGGGCAAUGAUAGAUUUUACAAAAUCUUGCAUACAAGAAUGAUGUUUGGAUAAAACAUACUUGAAUCCCCAUACUGCAGACGUGAAGGAGAAGGUGAAGGAAAAGAAAAUAGUGGGCAUUUUUCCAAUAUUAUUCUGUUAAGCAUUAUGCACGAAGUAAGAGACUUAGAGACUUUGGAUAAAAUCUUUGGAUAAAAACCUGUGAGAUCUCAGUUAUUUUAUUCUCAAAAAGUUUGGAUUUUUGAUCAUCCUGAUUUUUAAAAAUUAUUUUUAAAAUAAAUUAAAGAUUGAUUUCUGGACUGUUUUGAGAUUGUAAGGUUGUAUAAACUCAAUAUUACAGCUUAUUUGGAAUUGAGUCUAUAUCCAUCAAGGUACUUCAGCCCUGCAGAUAUGGUCACUGUUAUCCUUGAUGAACAUUAAGUAUAAUAUUAACUGUUUUAAUGCAGUAAAUAUUUGUUUCCCUGCAUCAUUUUGUGUAAAUGGUAGUGUGUGUACAUUCAAGUGGCACAUUCAAGACUUUAUAUAUCACACAUAAGCCAAAUGUCAAGUAUAUGUCAUAUUGUAAUAAAAAGGAAUUGUAGAAUACAAAUGUAUUUGCCCCUCUAAUUCCUACAUUAAUUAAAU